GGCAAUCAUGGUGCCGCUGGGGAGGGGAGAAGCUGCUGCCGCCGCUGUUGCCGGGAGCCGCGGAGAAAGAUCAUUAUCUUUCCAUUUCUCACAAUUGGGCUGAAUACGACUGAAACAUGGGGGAACACAGUCCAGACGACAACAUCAUCUUCUUUGAGGCAGAGGAAGAUGACCUGACCCCCGAUGACAAGAUGCUCAGGUUUGUGGAUACCAACGGACUGGUGCCUUCCUCAUCUGGAACUGUUUAUGAUAGGACCACUGUUCUUAUUGAGCAGGACCCUGGCACUUUGGAAGAUGAAGAUGACGAUGGACAGUGUGGAGAACACUUGCCUUUUUUAGUAGGGGGUGAAGAGGGCUUCCACCUAAUAGAUCAGGAAGCAAUGUCCCAGGGUUACGUGCAACACAUUAUCUCACCAGAUCAAAUUCAUUUGACUAUAAACCCUGGUUCUACACCCAUGCCAAGAAAUAUUGAAGGUGCAACCCUUACUCUACAGUCGGAAUGUCCGGAAACAAAACGUAAAGAAGUAAAGCGGUACCAGUGCACCUUUGAAGGCUGUCCCCGUACCUACAGCACAGCAGGCAACCUGCGUACCCAUCAGAAGACUCAUCGAGGAGAGUAUACAUUCGUCUGUAAUCAGGAGGGCUGUGGCAAGGCCUUCCUCACCUCUUACAGCCUCAGGAUCCAUGUGCGAGUGCACACGAAGGAGAAGCCAUUUGAGUGUGAUGUGCAGGGCUGUGAGAAGGCAUUCAACACACUGUACAGGCUGAAAGCACAUCAGAGGCUUCACACAGGGAAAACAUUUAACUGUGAAUCUGAAGGCUGCAGCAAAUACUUCACCACACUCAGUGAUCUGAGGAAGCACAUUCGAACCCAUACAGGAGAAAAGCCAUUUCGAUGUGAUCAUGAUGGCUGUGGAAAAGCAUUUGCAGCAAGCCACCACCUUAAAACUCAUGUCCGUACACAUACCGGUGAAAGACCCUUCUUCUGCCCGAGUAAUGGCUGUGAGAAAACAUUCAGCACUCAAUACAGUCUCAAAAGUCACAUGAAAGGUCAUGAUAACAAAGGACACUCAUACAAUGCACUUCCACAACACAACGGAUCAGAGGAUACAAAUCACUCACUUUACCUGAGUGACUUGUGCCUUCUGUCCACAGAUUCAGAACUGCAAGAAAAUUCCAAUACAACACAGGGCCAGGACCUCAGCACAAUUUCACCAGCAGUCAUCUUUGAAUCGAUGUUCCAGAAUUCAGAUGAAUCAGCAAUUCAGGAAGAUCCUCAGCAGACAGCUGCCUUGAUUGAAAGUUUUAAUGGUGAUGCAGAAUCAGUCAGUGAUGUUCCACCACCUGCAGGAAAUUCAGCAUCUUUAUCUCUUCCGCUUGUACUGCAGCCUGGCCUCUCCGAGCCACCCCAGCCUCUGCUGCCAGCCUCAGCUCCGUCCGCUCCUCCACCUGCUCCCUCCCUAGGACCCGGUUCCCAGCAAGCUGCAUUUGGCAACCCCCCUGCUCUCUUACAACCUCCAGAAGUGCCUGUUCCCCACAGCGCGCAGUUUGCUGCUAAUCAUCAAGAGUUUCUUCCGCAUCCCCAGGCACCGCAGCCCAUCGUACCAGGACUUUCCGUUGUUGCUGGGGCUUCUGCAUCAGCAGCGGCGGUGGCAUCGGCCGUGGCAACACCAGCCCCACCACAAAGUACUACUGAGCCCUUGCCAGCCAUGGUCCAGACUCUGCCUCUGGGUGCCAACUCUGUCCUAACUAAUAAUCCCACCAUAACCAUCACCCCAACUCCCAACACGGCUAUCCUGCAGCCCAGCCUAGUUAUGGGAGAACAGAACUUACAAUGGAUAUUAAAUGGUGCCACCAGUUCACCACAAAACCAAGAACAAAUUCAACAAGCAUCUAAAGUUGAGAAGGUGUUUUUUACCACUGCAGUACCAGUAGCCAGUAGCACAGGGAGCUCUGUCCAGCAGAUUGGCCUCAGUGUUCCUGUGAUCAUCAUCAAACAAGAGGAGGCGUGUCAGUGUCAGUGUGCAUGUCGGGACUCUGCAAAGUAGUGGGUGGCUGCCUGGAGAAAGGGCUGUUCUUCCCCCCCUCCAGAGCUGAAUCCCCAGCCUCCUGAUGGUCCCAGCCCACAGCUGCCACCCCAGACUUUUUCCUCACCCCUGUCGCCUGUCAUCAUCCUCCACAAACCCUCUUCCUGUGAGCAAAGCAGAUAGGCCAAGGCUCCUUCAGACCCUGAGACAGAAAUGUUAAGUGCCAUGGAUGUGUCAGAGUUCCUGUCCCUCCAGAGCAUGGACACCCCGUCCAAUCUGAUUCCCAUUGAAGCACUACUGCAGGGGGAGGAGGAGAUGGGCCUGACCAGCUUCUCCAAAUGAAGGGCCCAUGUGUGCUCACCUCCAGGAAGAGGGCAAGCAGGAAGCAUGAGGUGUGAUGCCUACCAUCAUGGGGUCAGAAAUCAGAAGGAUGAAGAAAUCUGCUGUUUGAAAGCCUCACCUUUCAGACGUAUUUUCUUUAUUCACAUCCCAGGAACAUCCAUUUUAAGGAACUGAUCUUUGGAAAAAAAAACAACAAAACAAAACAAAAAAAAAAAAAGCUAAGUUAUAAAUGAACUGUUUGGCUGCACUGUAUGUCACUUUUGCUUAUUGUCAUGUGAACUUGGAAAUUAAGGUUACUCGUAUGCAUAAAAAUUCUAAAUGAAAGGGUGUGGUUUCCAUCAAUCUGGUACUGCCCAGCACUGGCACUGGGCUCUUUGUGGAUGGGCAGUAGAGUUCAGUGUGUUGGCGGUGCUCCUCCUCCCUGUGUGUCUUUUACUCUGAGGCUGACUCCUGCUCAGAAGGCCAGAUCUUCACUCCAUCUAAGUGGGCAGUGGCAAGAGCAAGUGAGACAGCUGUGACUUGGACAGGGUUUGGGUGAUAUGGCUUUGCUGUUUGCUGUUGGUGUCAGUAGAGCUCAGGGUGGAUGCCGCAGGGGCUGUCCUGCAGUGUGCUCAGCACAAAUGGGCAACUUAAAGCCUAGUCCACCAGCUGUGGGAUGAUCUGGUUCUGAUAGGGCCCAGGCAAGUUGUUGACUGCUGUGUGUCAAUGAUGUGUGUGCAGAGCAGGCUCUAGCAACACAGUCACACUCUUUGCCUUCCUGGUUCUUUCCAUCUCUCAGUUUGCUUGCCAGGGCUUACAGGUCAUAGUGAAUUUUCCUUGGGGAACAUCCCUGUUUUGUGCUAGAGUGAACAUGUGGCUUAUGGCCAGUUGCCAGAUGGUGGUCUGCCUUCCUUUUAAUGGUAUUUUCCUCCUCAACAGAAUGGCUGUGUUUUGCUUAUCAGGAGAAGGUGCAAAUUGAAGGGAGUGUGGAUGAGGUGGCAGGUAAUUGGCAGGCCAGGUAUUCUGGUUCCGGGUUCUAGCCAGGUUUUUGGUUGCCCUCUCCUUUCUCCAGCCCUCACUCUCUGGAUUUUGCAUACAGCCUAGUACAGUGCAAACAAGGAUAACAAGGAUGUGACUUGCUCAGCUUAGUCAUGUGAUUUCUAAACAAAAAAGAAAAAAAAAAGAAAAAAAAAAAAAAGAAAACCACGAUGAUCUUCUACUCAGGGUAAAACAAAAUAAAAAAUUCCCCUUCCACCAAAAAGCCUGAAAUGUUGCAAUAAGUUAUCUCAUUUGGAAUGUUUAAUUAAGUUGUAUUAUAGGAAAAAAAUUUUUUUGAUUUGAUUUGUGUAUAGAAUUAUAUCCAUCUGUCUGCCUUUGGCUUCAAGUCAUUGCCUCUUAAAAUAAAACAUAAAAUACAAUCCACACUAGAAUGGAAAGUGUCUCUCAUCAGGCUAUUUAACGUAGUUAUGAGUGCUCACCAAGCUCAGAAGCUAGGCAUGACCCAGGGUGUGGAAUAGGCCUCUGUCUCCCAAGAACCCUUUCCCUGCCUUCAGCAAAGAGCAGGGUUCCCCACACAGGACAGGAGAGAUCUGCACUGGUUACUUCUGCUGUCUGGGCUGUGACUCAGAGCCAGCCAAUACAGUAUCUAGAGCAGAUAACUUACCUGGGAGCCAGAGGCCCUACCUUCAGCCAAAAUGUUCAGGGACAAGCGUGAACAAGAGGGAGGUGAUAGUGGUGGUGCUGUUACUGCGUGAGGAGAAACAAGCUUCACUGCAAGCAGCUGAUUUCAUUCUAGGAGUCUAGCCAGAGAAUGGAUCUCUAUUUGACCUUCUGCAUGCCUUUCCAAAACACUGGUGGGUUUUGGCAACCAUUGACCUCAGCAGAAAUUAAUGAAGCAGGAGGAUUCUUCGUUUACCCCUCCUGGGAAUCCAGCUGCUGAGCAUGGGUUGUCCUUGACUAUCUCUGGGCCUCAUAGGAAGCUUUUGAGCAUGGCCCUUGUUAUCUUCUCUACAGCUUCUGAGAGACCAGCAAGUGGGACCCCAAAAUUA